CAGGACAACGCAAGAAGCGCCGCCAUGGAAGUGACUCGAGAAGAAGGCAUCCCAGAUGUGCUGCUGCCGAGCGACGUGUUCGAUCUCGACUUUCACCCGACGCGCAAUGUUGUGGCUGCCGGCAUGAUCGAUGGCAAAGUCCAAGCAUACACAUACACCCCCGAAGGAAACGAUUGCGUGCUGUCGCUGAAUCACCACCAAGAUGCCUGCCGUGUCGUCAAGUUCGCAGAGGAUGGAAACGCGCUGUUCACCGCGUCAAGUGACAAGUCCAUCCGCGCUUUCGACGUUCACGGUGGUGUGUUGUGGGCCGAGCUUAACGCUCAUUUGAACCCUGUGAACCACUUGCAUACCAUCUCGAACAACGUGUUUGCCAGUGGCGACGACCAAGGUUGUGUCAAGAUGUGGGAUGUUCGCCAGCAUCGGUGCAUUGUCCAGUGGAAUGAACACACGGACUACAUCUCGGACAUGGCCACGAACGACUCUAAGAGCACGCUCCUGGUCACUGGUGGAGACGGCAGGCUGUCCGUGUACGACUUGAAAAAAAACAAAUUUGUCCAAAAGAGCGACGAGCUCGACGACGAAUUGCUCUCAGUGAGAAUCAUCAAGAACGGCCGCAAGGUUGUGUGCGGGUCCCAAGACGGUGUGCUGGUCAUUUUCAGCUGGGACACGUGGGGAGAUAUGUCGGAUCGAUUCCCGGGCCACCCCGACUCUGUUGAAACGAUCCUCAAGGUCGAUGAGGACACAAUCUUGACUGGGUCGAGCGACGGCAUCAUCCGCGUUGUUCAAAUUCACCCCAACAAAUUGCUCGGGCUGAUUGGGGACCACGAGGACAUGCCGGUGGAAGUACUCAAGUUUUCACAUGACAAGCGUAUCGUGGGCAGUGUGUCGCACUCGAACAAAGUGCACUUUUGGGACGUUGGGUACCUCUACGACGACGAUGGCGAUGACGACGAAGACGACGGGGGAGAGACAAAAGGCCUCGAAUUCGAUCCCAAGGACGACGACUCGAUGGACGAUAGCGAUAGCGACGACGAUGGAGGAAGCUCUGGUCAAGCUGGCCGACAGGCAUUUCCGACCAAACGGGAGGCAUUCUUUUCGGACCUGUAGACAGGCCACUGCUAUUUCAUUCACGUCUAUUCUGCCUUGGUGCGCACUGUCAUA